UAAGAUAUAAACGCCCCGGCCGUGCAGGCCGUGCUCAAUAUUCUAACAAGAUGGCGGAUCCGUUACCAUCUGGCUGGAUCGAAAAGGUGUCUCAAUCUACUGGUAAAACGUACUACUAUAAUCCAUCUACAAAACAAAGUCAAUGGGAGAGACCUGUAGGAGAUAAUAGUGAUCAAGUCCGAGCAUCCCAUCUUUUGGUAAAACACACUGAAUCACGCAGACCUUCCUCUUGGAAGCAAGAAGUUAUAUCGAGGUCGAAGGAUGAGGCUCUAGAAAUUAUUAAAGGUUACCGACAACGAAUCACCAAUGAUGAAAUAUCUCUUUCCAAACUGGCUGAAACAGAGAGUGAUUGCAGUAGUGCAAGAAACGGAGGAGAUCUUGGUUAUUUCGGUCCUGGACAAAUGCAAAAGCCAUUUGAAGAAGCCACAUUUGCGCUAACAGUUGGUGAGCUCAGUGAACCCGUGUUUACCGAUUCGGGAAUCCAUUUGAUUUUACGUACCGGUUGAUAAUGCCGUGUUUUAAAAAAUCAUGCUCUUACAAUCACGCUGAAGUGAAGGAAUCGCCCGUUGUUAUUUAUCAAUUUCUACGUCGAUAUUUAAAAAACACUUGCUGUGAAUCCAAUGCUUUCGAAAUGAAAAAAUAUAAAUUGUUUCA